GCCCAGCUGAAUCUUAGUUGGUGUUUCAGAUAAUCCCAAAGGUGGUGGAAGGGGGCUGAGGUCAGGGCUCUGUUUAGGCCAGCAAAGCUCUUCCUUACAAUACUAAGAAAAUAAUUUCUUUAUGGACCUUGAUUUGCGCAAGGCGUUACUGUCAUGCUGAAAUAGGAAAGGGUCUUGCCCAAACUGCAGACUCAGUGCCAAAGUUGAAAGUGUGAUGUCAAAAAAAAAAAAAAAAAAAUCAUUAUAUGCCGUGGCAGGAGAUGUCCUUUGAGAAACGGUCCUAUCCAAAACAAGGAAGAGAAAACCCCAGUCAAAAUAUACAAAAUUAUUAUGUGUGGACAUGUGUUUGACUAUAUUAUCUUUACUCAAGCUAAAGGACUUCUUCCCUAACUGAGGAUGGUCUGCAAUAACUGUAUUUGGACAGCAGAGGUCUUGUUUGAGUCAACUUGUCAAACCCUGCUGGUACCACAAACUGCGCAAGUACCAACACAGGGUACACAGGGUAUGCCAUAGAAGUGAAAUGCUAGUAAAUUAAGACUAUAUUUUAUAUUCUGAUCUCUGCUGCCCCCAACCGUCCAAAGAAUCAGUUCCUGCAUUUUUAUAAGCUGAAUCGACAACUUUUUACUUUUCUUUGAGCAUGUGCCAUUUAUAUGUUGUUUGAAAUGAAAUGUGUGCAUAAUAACUGACAGAAUGGCAGCAUUAUCAUUCCAAAAGGUCUGAUGUAAUCUAAUAUAAUAUAAAGUAUAGGUGUUUAAACCGCAAACUAAUAAAUUUAAACAGCUUACAAAAGAACUACAAACAGACACAUGCGCGCCCUGUGCAACCGUCGCUUUGAUGACGUCAGGUCAAACGGACUCUCCGCAUCUCAGCGCGGAGUUUAAAAACAGGGGUUUGCUGUGUACAUUACUGGGCUAAUUUUUUCGCUCAGAGUGAGGUAUUCGGCAUGCUAACGUUAGACUUAGAAAAUAAGAAAAAAUAUUCAAUUCAUUUCUUUCGGUUUUUUGUUUAAGGCAAAUAGUGACGCAAUCAAAAAGCACCCGCGUUGUUUGUAUCGUUAGCCAACGGUAACUGUAACUUUCUAAGCGACGCAGCCUCUUAAAAUAAUACUGAUAAAAUAAUAAAUCGUUUAUGGCAGACUAGUUAUUGUAAAAUAAAUCUGCUCUUACAUUUAUUCAGAUACGACACGUUUCUCUGCUUAAGUUUCAACGCGUUGCUAAAACUGGCAAGAAAAAGUUAGUUAUUUAGCCAACAAGCUAACAUGAGAUCCUUUGGUGACAGUUGCGACACACUGUAUUCUUAACAGGUGACUAGUUCAAUUAACUUUCCAUGAUGGAGGAUAACUCGUCUUCUUCUUCGAUGGUGACUGGCCUUUCUCGAGCGUCUUUCCUCCAGAGGACGCUGGAGCGGUUAUCCUCUGCACAGUGCCUGAAGCUGAAAGCUGAGGAGGCGGCUCCUGUCGCUGUCAUUGCGCUUCAGAGGUACUUAUCCGAGCAAACUGAGGGGCAGCAGGAGCAGCUCCACAGCUACAACUACGAUGUGACGGUCACUGAUGGAGUCUGGAGAGCCAAAUGCUUUGUUCACCCAGGUUUAAAUCACCUGGUGCACACAAACACCCUCAGGACUGGGGCCGACAUCAUCAUCACGCAGUGCUCUUUUGUUUACAACGAGAGGAGGCUGGGACAUGGGUACAUUUGCAUUGAAAAGCUCAUAUGCGGCGCAGAGAGGUCUGUCGUCCUGCCCUUUAUAGACGAUGUCAGCUCACUGCCCAUGCUGGUCAAGCAUGGCAUGGAGAGGAGUGUGCAAAGUGAUGUUCCCCUUCAGGUGAGCCGCAAACACUACCUGUCCCUGUGGAAUAACGACGACCCAGAGGGAGACAUCUGGACCUCAGGCUCUCCCUCAUCUGACACAGUGCUGGAUGUGUCCAAGAUUUCUCUUCUCUGCAGUCUGGAGUCAUCCUUUAGAAACACAUGGAAACCUCUCCCUCUCCUAGUGAAGAUAAUACACAAAUCAAGAUUAAGAUAUUAUGGGAAGUUUGGGCUCAAGAUCGAUUACCCCUUCCAGACGUACUUUGAAGUUGCUGACCAGAGUGGCACAAUGUCCCUCGUGCUUUGGAACGAACUUUGCCCCGAGUUUUAUCUGAGACUGAAUGUAGGCACAGUGUUGUACCUUCAAAAUUACACCCUGAAGCAGAGUUAUUCAAACCGGUCACGCCCUAAAAUGGACCAUCACAGAAUGAAGACCUUUAACUCUGUGGAAAUCUGCCUGAACCCUCGCAACCCAGCUUCGCUCAUCACUGUAGUGUGUCCAAAGAGUGUGCUGCCUCAGUGGGGACUGCCUGAGGUUUCCUAUCAGUUCACCACCAGGUCAGAGUUGGAAAAAUUAGCCAACAAUUCUUCAUGUGACGUCAUUGGUUUGGUAACAUUUGUUGGCCGUGUUGAAAGAGUCAAGAGUAAAGGGAACAAGGGUCCAGAAAAAUACUGGACGUAUCGCUGGGUCCACGCUGUGGAUGGGACGUCGAACAAUCCUUUUAUCCUGGAGAUUUUUUCCUCCUCUCAACCAGAAAUCUUCAGUUGCAUUUGCCCAAUGACCUACCUGGUUUGCACUCAGAUGAGGGUUUGUCAAGUGGAGGGCUCAGUGCCGUACCUCACGAGCAGCUGUGAGACAGAGAUGUUCAUCACAGGCUACCACAAAGGUCAGCCAUAUGUGAGUGAUCCCACAGUGAAGAGCUUCAUCCAGUGGACCAAGACUCUCAAGGACAACAUCGUCCUCCAGAAGACUGCUGUUGGUGGCCAUUAUUCCUACCCUCGCCCCCCAAAGAUAUUCACACAGUCGAUGGUAGAUGCCUCUGCUCAGGUUCCUCUGGUCGCUGCCACAGACUUGAAGAAGGAGUUAGAAACCCUGCAAUACAGGGAACAUAAAAAACUGGCAAUUCAAGGACAGAUCACGGCCGUGCGGUACAUGAAGACCCUAAAGACCACAGAGCCACAACAAACACGAGACAAAGAGCUGCCGGAUGUUUCUACUGAUGUGUGUGUACCAGAGACACACAAUCAUCCCACAGCAGCUGAGCAGACUUCAGCUGACAGUGUAACAUCUCCCUCUGCUGAGAAAAUCUCCCCAGUCGGAAGAAAAAGAAGAAUUCAAACCAGAAAAACCUCACAGUCCUCCCUGAAUCGUGAUAUCGUGCCAUCAAAAAGAAGGACGAGACAUAGAGGCACACAGGAAGGACGAGAGCAGGAGGAACAAGAGAGUGGCUCUGAAUCUGAGGAGGCUCAGGAUGUAGAACAUGGUCUACAGUAUGAAAAUCCAAAUCAAGACUCUGAUGUUUUAUCUUGGGAAAGCAGCAACUGGCUGAAGCAAAGGCAAGAAAUGUGUGAACAUUUGUGUCAAGGGGGUUUGUACCAGGACAGCAUCUCUCAGAGGUUCACGUCUGACGCAAGGAACGUGCUCCUGCAGUGGAGUAACCUUCAGCCGACGCGGUGGACACCAGAACACACCGCAGACACCAUCCCACCUGUGGUUUGUCCAGGAUACUACCAAGUAACAAUAUUAGGCAUAAACAAGCAGAUAGCUGUCAAUGCUGCGUAUUUACCUGUGAUGAGCGCCGAUGAGCCCAGGGCUGUAGGUCUUCCUCAGGAUCCCCACGGCAACACGAUGCUGUCCUGCCUUUCGUCGGGCUUCCUCUGCCCUCUCAGUGACACGGCUAACCACAGUGAUGCAGCUCUCCCCGAGCCAGAGGAGAUCUUAGCGUCUGCCAGUGAGCUGGAGGACACACAUGUCGUUUGUAUCUUGGACCUCUGUCACCUGGGUGGAGAUAAGGUGGAGGUCCUGAUCAACAAGGUGUACAGAGUGACAGAGGUUUCCCUCGACUAGGAGCCACAUUAAUCAUGUCAUUAAAGAGCAAAGGAAGCCUAAUGCACUGGUCUUAGACCAAAUCUCAAUUUGAUACUUGUAAAUUCUCUGAUUACCUGUUACACAUGUACAGCAAAAGUCACAUAAUACUUUAAAUUGUGCUUUAAUAUUUUUGAAAAUGGUGAUAUGUUUUAGGAUUAAAAUACUGAAAUAUAUAAAAUUGCCUUUUUUUUUUA